AAGUUACACAGCCACAUCCGUUGUGUUCUCUCCUUCCCACUAGAACCGUUUUCAAUGUGGUCAACAAAGCGGGAAAUCGAGGCUGGCGAUACUGUAAUUCUAUGGCUAACUCGUGAUAAUCUAUUACCCCUCACCAUCUCUGCAGACACCAAUGCGGUUUUCAAUAGCAAAUUUGGGUCUUAUCCUCAUGCAUCUCUGAUUGGCCUUCCGUAUGGUUCGAAAGUACCCUCAAGGAAAGGAAAUGGGUUCAUUCACGUCCUUCGUCCAACACCUGAACUGUGGACUCUCGCACUACCUCACAGAACUCAAAUUCUGUACGCUGCAGAUAUCAGUUUCAUCACAGGAAUGUUGAGCAUUCGAAAGGGUUCAAAAGUGGUUGAAGCUGGUACAGGCUCCGGGUCAUUCUCCCACGCCGUAAUGCGCACUGUCGGUCCAACAGGCCACCUCUGGUCGUACGAAUUCCAUGAAGCCAGACAGAGAAAAGCUAGGGAAGAAUUUAUUCGUCACGGGUUCUUACCCUCUAGAGUUACCCUUACUCACCGCAACGUGUGUAAAGACGGCUUUACUAUCGAGGAUACGGCAGAUGCCCUAUUCCUUGAUAUACCUGCCCCAUGGGAGGCUAUUGAACAUGCGAAAAAGGCACUUAAAAAAGACCGCACAACGCGGAUAUGUUGUUUCAGUCCUUGCAUGGAACAAGUGAUGCGGACCGUAUCUACCCUAAACGAGGCUGGUUUUACGGAUAUCACCAUGUACGAGACUCUCAUCCGACCUUUUGAGGUUUCAUCUACCCCGCAUCUAGUGUCGAUAAUCGAUGUUGGAGACAAGAUCAAACAGUCCGAAGCGAGAAGGGAAGAGAAAAGGCUCAAACAGAUAGCUCAGGGGCAUCGGGGUGGUACUAGUGGUAGUGGUGGCGCAGGUGCGAAGAAGGGGAAAAGGAAACACGACGAAGAGGAGGAAGUUGACAGGAAGGCGGAAGCUAAGCGAGCGAAGACGGACGACGAGAGUCCUGCGCUGGGGGGAGGAGACGAGGAAGGGGCCAUGGUCGUUGCUGAGCCCAAUCAGGAAGACGUUGAGACGUCGGGGACCGAUGCAUCCGGUCAGGCAGAGCAAGAGUCUAAUAAACGGCCGCAGAGGAGACAAAAUCAGGUUGGAGGACAUGAGACGGUGACAUUGUCCAGGGUGAUGCCUCAAGUAAGAGGACAUACAUCUUAUUUGACUUUUGCGUGUCUGCUGCCUUGGUUAGGCACUACGGAGGAGGUAUCGGGUCCUGAGGUGGAUUCGGGUGCGACGAGCUCAGUGGCAGAGGUGUCGGGAUGAAGACACUGGGGCUGGUAGUGACUAAUCAUUCGCCUAAGGGAACCGUGUUUAAGACGCCGUUCAAGCAAUCGGAUCCAUUACUUCAGUUUGAACGAGCGAGCUUUCUUGGGC